AUGGAGCAAAAUUUGAAGCUUUCUUCCAAUGAAGGAGCAGCUUUUGAAGAUCCAACCAAGUACAGGCAGCUUGCUGGAAGUUUGAUUUAUGUCACCACUACUCGUCCUGACAUUACUUUUGUAGUAGGAAUUUUGUCCAGAUUUAUGCAUAAACCAUGUGAAGGACAUUGGACUGUAGCUCAACGAGUUCUAAAAUAUUUAAAAGGAACUCAGACUCUUGGCAUCAAAUACUCAAAGGUUUCAAACUUCCAUCUCACAGGUUAUUCUGAUUUAGAUUUUGAUGGCGACAAAGAACAUGGGGUAUCUACUUCUGGUUAUUUGAUGACUCUUAGAUCAGGCACUGUCACUUGGAGAUCGAAGAAACAAAGAGUUCCUGCUGACUCUACAACUGAAGCCAAAUAUGUAGCAGCAGCUCAAGCCACAAAAGAAAUUGUGUGGCUCAGGAAAAUUCUCGAUGAUUUGCAGGAGAAACAGACAACUUCAACGUCUUUACUUGUUGAUAAUAAUUCUGCUAUUCAAUUGGCCAAGAAUCCUCGAUUUCAUGAUUGA